AUGUCAACACGUCCGACGUUUACAUACGAAGAAACGGAUUUCAUAUCACAAGAUAUACUGGUCGAAAUAACACCACAUUUUUUACGCGAGCGCGAUCAACUUGUAACUGCUGAGUACGGACCGUUUAGACCAAACGUACCAGUUGUUGUACCACUUUGGGUGGCACUCGCCUUGAAACAAAGUGGUAGUUGUACCAUCGAGUUGGAUGACUGGUUUAAACUAGAGAAUAUAUUGGCAACUCAAGAGAGAGAAAAGACAGAUGCGAAGCAACUUCAGAUUUUGCCGCGAUGUUAUGUCGAACAGGCACGUACAGUUUCAAAGUAUUGGUUAGAGGAUAUGCCGCAGCAAAGUGGGAUGGCAUCCAGUUUAGAUAUCUUGUCACUUAGAAAACAAAAAUUGCGACAAAGCUUUCGUAAGCUAGAACAGAAGCUAGAAGACAUAGACGGACUGGGCUUUCUCUCACUACAACCGGAGAUAUCAAAUCUUGAACUAACGCUAAUAAGGUGCUUUAGCUGCGCAUCUAUGGAAAUGAGCACGGCGAUGUUUUCAAAUUGGUCUUUGAGAGUGAUACAAAAUUGUAACUCACUUUUUCCAUCUUCGAAAACUCCCAUUCCUUGUUCUGAGAAAAUGUAA